AUGGUUCAUGAUCUGACCAGCAAAUUGCACAACAUGUUUGCUCUGAAAAAGUUAGGCCGACCUAGUUAUUUUCUAGGUAUUGAGGUUAAGUUCUGCAGCAACGGUUCCCUUCUGCUCACUCAAUCCAAAUAUAUCAGAGAUCUGUUAAUCAAAGCCAAUGUCGUAAAUGCAAAUGGAGUCCCUACUCCAAUGUUAAACAUAUGUAAAUUGAACAGACAUAGAUCAAAUUCCUUCUCUGAUGCACAGUUAUACAGGUCCAUUAUUGGUGCCUUGCAGUAUGUAAUAUUAACCAGGCCUGACAUUGUUUUUAGUGUCAAUAAAGAUUUCCAAUUCAUGACUAAUCCCCUUGACACACAUUGGUAUGCAGUUAGAAGAAUAUUGUGCUAUCUCAGUGGCACAAGUGGUUAUGGUCUGCUCUUAUCCCCUUCAGUUUCAACGCCUAACUUCUCAUUGGGAGUCUGUAGUGACUCUGAUUGGCCUAGUGACCCGGAUGAUCGAAGGUCCCCCUCUGGUUCCUGUUUAAUUUUUGGACCUAACUUGGUAUCUUGGAGCUCUAAAAAGCAGUCCUUGGUGGCUCGCUCGAUUUUGCACAACCCAAUGUUACAUGCUCGUACCAAACAUAUUGAGCUUGAUAUACACUUUAUUAGAGAAUGUGUUGUUGCAAAAAGGAUGUCAAUUCAACAUGUUCUUGCAGCAGCCCAGCUAGCUGACACAUUGACCAAGCCUCUUGGAACUGCUACAUUUCAAGAUUUGCAGGCAAAACUCAAGGUGGUGUGUCAAGCUCUGCAUCCUUCCUUUUAA